AUUUUAUUAAAAAAAAAAAAAAGAAAAGAAAAAGAAACAGUGCAAUGUGGAUGGCGGUGUGUAAUUCAUAACCACGUUGUUGUUCUCACUUGUAUGAAGAGCUGGAUCUUUAAGUAAAGGCUGAAAUCGAGAGUGAGUUAAGUUCAACAAACAGUAGCAUAGUAGCUUAGUUAGCACGACAAGCUUUUUAGCUCGAGCGCUAAUUUUGACAGUCAUGUCAUCAGAAGCUGUUCUGACUGUGCGCCUGGUUCGCUCUUUUGAACAUCGCAACUUCAAGCCAGUGGUGUUCAGAGCUGUGAAUUUAGACCAGAAAGUCGAGGAGUUUAUUGCUUUUGUAAAGAAAGACGUUUCUACCAGAAGUGGUUUACCCCCACCUUUUAAGAAAUAUGACUAUGACACCAUGAAGAUCAUUCAUCAAGCACAUGGAGCAAAGACUAAUGAACUGGUGAUGAGUUUAGAGGAUGAUGAAAAGUUGAUUCUGCAGAAUGGCCUCGAUUUACGAGCAUGUGGUAUAGCCAAUGAAACAGAGUUGGCCUUCUUCAAGAUGAGUGACUAUGAAAAGUACAAGGCCAAUCCCCAAACUGUGUGGUGAGACACAGGAAAGUGAUGAAUGUGACGGAGUCCUGAUGUGAUUUUAUUAAGAUGAAGCAUUGCAACAUCCUUAACAGCUUCAUGUCUACCUGCGUUUACAUCAUCCAGGAUCAGCCAGACCAAAAAUUCUGUUUUAAUUUCACUCCAGUUUCAAGUCAGUUUAAAAAAUCACUUUCUUAGCAGACUUUAUUUUAGACAGACAUGGUUUAAAAAUCCAUAAGUUGGAUAGAUUUAAUAAGAGGAGAGUUAUUUUGGUAUAGGUUGCACCAGUUCACAGAAAUGUAUGCAGUGACAAACAUUAUUUAACAGUAUAAAGAUGUUUCAAGUUUUAAUACAACCUGUUUUCUUUUAAUUAUUUAAAAGUCAGUGGUG